AUGUGUGUCACUCCAACUGAGCCUGAUAUCUCUAAGACCGCGGCUCUCGACUGGGAUAUCAAGGUCGAUUUUCUGGUUGCAGGAAGCGGCGCCGCCGGGCUCUCUGCCGCUUUGAAAGCGUCACGCCUCGGAUUGGUGCCACUCGUGGUCGAAGGCUCCAAGCUGUGGGGUGGGACGACGGCCUACUCUGCCGGCGGGGUCUGGGUCCCCAACAAUCCUCUUAUGCUGGAAGGCGGCAUGGAAGACUCAACGGAAGCGGCCAUGACCUACCUCCUGAACGUGGUCGGGGAGCCGACCCCGGAGAGCACGGUGGCGAGGCGACAGGCGUACGUGAGGGCCGGCGCUGAGAUGGUCAAGGAAUUCCGGGAAAGCGGCUUCCGUUGGUACAUGGCCCAAGACUUUCCCGACUACCACAGGGACGAAGGGUCUCGCAUUGGACGACACCUGUCAGGCGAAAUCUUCGAUCUCAACAAACUGGGACCCUGGAGAGACAGCAUGCGCGUGCGGCCUCAUCACCCCGAGCUCCCGGCGUAUCUAGACGAAAACGCGAAGAUGCUCAACGCUACCCGCACACGUAGAGGUUUCACCACGCUGGUCAGAGUGGCCACACGUAUACUUUGGGCGAGACUUCGAGGGGCCAGGCUCGCUUCCAUGGGUAUGGCGAUUUCUUCUCAACUGCUGUACGUUCUGCAGGGACUCGGAGUGGCAAUAUGGAGGAGCACGCCCGUGACCGGGCUGAUCACGGAGCAGGGAAGGGUGGUCGGGGUCACCGUACUCCAUGGGGAAAGCGGUCGACCGCUGCGGAUCCAAGCCACGCGUGGCGUGUUGCUCGCGCUCGGGGGAUUUGCGCGUAAUGACGCUCUUCGCAAACGAUACGGUCAAGCAUCAUCCAGGUUCGCCAUGGCCAAUCCCGACGACCAAGGCGCCGGGCUUCAACUGGGAGAAAGCGUGGGUGCCCAGGUCGCUCUCCUGGGCGGACGCUGGGGCAUCCCGAUCAUGUUUCCACCGGGCGAAACCCCCGUCUUCAAUGUCUGGGAGAGAGCGUCGCCACACAGCAUCAUGGUCAACAAGGCAGGGAAGCGCUUCACCAACGAAGCCGGCUCUUACCAGGAUGUAGCCAACGACAUGACCGAUCUCGGGCACGAUCCCUGCUGGUUGAUCUUCGACUCGUCGCACCGGAAAAAAUACGCCUUCGGCAACGCGCUCCCAGGGUUCACGCCCAAGCGGUACUUCCAGGAAGACUUCAUGGUCAAGGCCGAUUCUCUCGUCGAACUGGCCAACAAAUGUGAGUGGCGCUUCGACGAAUUUGCCGUUUCCGGCAUCGACGAAGACUUCCACCGAGGAGAGAACCCGUAUGACCGAUACUACGCCGACCCGACCCACCAGCCAAACAACUGUCUAGGGAAGAUCGAGAAGCCGCCCUUCUACGCAGUCCGCUUGUACGUGGGUGAUGUUGGCACCAAAGGUGGUCUCCGGGUGGACGAGCAUUGGCGAGUGCUGGGCCAGGGUGGCAAGCCGAUUCCUGGGCUGUAUGCAGCGGGAAACACGACGGCGACCCUGUUUGGUCGCCGGUAUCCCGGGCCGGGGGCAACCAUCGGCCCGGCCAUGAUAGGCGGCUUCAUUGCGGCGUCUCAUGCCGGUCAAGCUUAG